GUUCAAAGGCCAUGGCUACAGUUCGGAUCUGUAUUUGCGGCGAUGAGUCCGUCGGCAAAAGUUCACUUCUCACGUCGUUGGUCAAGGAUACUUUCGUGACAGAGAAGAUCAACGAUGUCCUACCACCUAUCACUCUACCGCCUGGACUCGGGACACCUGACAACAUCACCACAACCAUCGUAGACACUUCACCACUUCCGCAAGAGCGUGAGACCCUGCGGAAAGAGCUGCGAAAGUGUAAUGUGGUCUUGUUGAUAUACAGUGAUCAUUACAGUUAUGAACGCGUCGCGCUCUUCUGGAUGCCAUUCUUCCGAUCUCUUGGUGUCAACGUCCCAGUCGUGCUAUGUUCAAACAAGAGCGACCUCGCGCCUGGCACGAGUACAGCGCAGGUCAUAGAAGAUGAGAUGCUGCCAUUGAUGGCAGAGUUCAAAGAGAUCGAUUCAUGUAUACGCACAAGCGCCCGAGAGCAUCACAAUAUCAAUGAAGCUUUCUUCUUAUGCCAGAAAGCUGUCACGCAUCCGAUCGCGCCAAUAUAUGAUGCAAAAGAGAGUCACUUGCGACCUGCGGCAGUUGAUGCCCUCAAACGGGUAUUCUAUUUGUGUGAUAAGGAUGGCGACGGAUUGCUAGAUGACAGAGAAAUAAACGACUUUCAAAUGAAAUGUUUCGAAAAGCCGCUCGCUGAUACUGAUUUGGUCAACAUCAAGAAGUCCAUACAGCAAUCUUUCGAGGAGACCUUUGAAGUUCCAUACCCUGUCAGCGAAAAGGGCAUUGACGUGAGAGGAUUUCUACUUCUGAAUAAGAUGUUUGCUGAAAAGGGUCGACACGAAACCAUCUGGAUCAUCCUGCGGAAAUUCCACUAUUCGGACAGUCUCAGCCUCAAAGAGAGCUUCCUCCAUCCGAAAUUCGAUGUGCCAGCAUUCUCUUCUUGCGAGUUGUCUCCUGUAGGAUACCGCUUUUUUGUGGACCUCUUCAUCCUUCACGAUAAGGAUAACGAUGGUGGAUUGAAUGAUGCUGAGCUUGCGGCGUUGUUCGCACCUACGCCAGGUAUUCCUAGCGCCUGGAUCGAUUCCGCAUUUCCCGGAUGCACGGUGCGCAACGAAGCUGGCCACAUCACCUUACAAGGUUGGCUAGCACAAUGGAGCAUGACUACAUUUGAAGAUCCGCGAACAACCCUCGAGUAUCUUGCUUACCUCGGGUUCGAGAUGGAAGGAAAGGGAACCACGCCAGCACUCAAGGUGACCAAGCCACGGAAAAUGCGAAAUAAGCCCGGUCGCGUCGAGCGGAGUGUGUUCCUUUGCUAUGUCCUUGGUGCUCCGGCGAGUGGGAAAUCUGCCCUGCUCAAUUCAUUCCUCAGUCGUCCUCUCAAUGGCACGUACCAUCCGACCAUCAAACCUCGAACUGCAGUGAAUAGCGUUGAAUUGCCAGGUGGUAAGCAAUGCUAUCUCAUCCUCGAAGAACUGGGCGAACUGGAGCCAGCAAUUCUCGAAAACCAAGUGAAGCUCGAUGCUUGCGAUCUGUUGUGCUUCAGCUAUGACAGCAGCGACCCUGACAGUUUUGCAUAUAUUUUGGACAUUCGGAAGCGUUAUCCCAAGCUCGACGCCAUUCCUGCGGUUUAUGCUGCACUGAAGGCGGACAAGGACAGCGCUGUGCAACGAACAGAACUUCAGCCAGAUGUCUACUGCGAACAACAGAAGGUCCCGAAGCCACUCCACGUCUCCGUCGGUUGGGCGUCCAUUAGCGAAUUCUUUGUGCAUUUGGCUGAGAGCGCGACAUUCCCCUCACAGGCAUUCCCCAGAACCGAAGAGAGCAAGACCGAUCGUACAGGUUUAUACAUUGCGCUAGGAGGCUCUAUCUGUACGGCUAUCGCGGUCGCGUGGGUUUGGAAACGUAGUAUGCUGUCCACUGCCUAAUAAUUCCGAGAGGCAUCACCAAUUUUGCAAGGGUUUGCGCCUGGUGGAAGGAUGUAAUAAUCUCCAGGGCUGUGUAGGUUUUUCUGGCUUGAUGGCGUUUGUAUUAGAUACCCCUCUCAUCGCGGCUUUGACUCUUGUUCUUGAACAAAAAGUGUGGAACAAAUAUAAUCUUGUAUAUCAUCGGUACAUUUGAGAUGAAUUCAUUGCGACGCAUCCGAUC